AUGUCGUUUGAUAAAAGUGAGCCCACGUUCAAACUGCACGGACUACAAGUUUUUUCUCAUGGAUGCUUGAGCCGAUCGAAUUCCACAUUGAACUCAACUCAGGCCGGCGUCAAUGCUAUGCCAGAUUCAUGGUGUGCUAAUAAUCUCAAGCGUUCUUCUGGGAUAGAGAUGCACGUCAACAAACUUUCGGACUGGGGAAUAGACACGCUGAACGACAAUUCCCCGACGGUCGUAGGUUCGUCCGAGUUUAGCAGUCACGAGCACGACAACCUUUACCUGGAAGAUGACAUCCAAAAAGAGCUUUCUCGAUUGACGAUAAAUCCAGAGGCUUCAAAGUCGAAGUAUGAGGUUCUCGUUGCUAAAAUAUUCUCAGAAAGUCCCUUUAGCAAUCAAAAUUUCAAUGAAGAAUUUCAGUACACAAUUAUCGCAUCUCAGCUUCUCACAGACUCCAUACGCCCUUUGUGGACUGCACAACCGAAAUCUGAAAAAUCCAUUCUCAAUUUCCACCGAGAUAAGGAAUCAUACAGUUCCCAGCAUCUUCCGUGUGUACCGACCAAGUUUGGAAAGUUCACCGCUGUCAAUAAACAGUUUUUACUCCGGAAGACCGUACCGCUCUUUCCAACAUUUUUGGUAGUUCGCCGAUGUCUUGGAUUAAUGGCAAGAUGCAAAGCACCUCAGAAAAGCAAAAAAAGAAUCCUGGCGGCUCUCAGCAUCGCAAUUUAUAUCGCAUUGCAACAGGAAUCAUUUCAUGACCAAUACGUCAAAUACUCAGCAUUAUUAGCCCUUCAAACAGCGGUUGCACAGCUUCAGAACCUUGAUAAACUUUUACAUCGUUUGCACAUUCGUUACAAAGAGCUUACCAUAUACAAGCCCAUAGCAUUGGUUCAAUCUUGCCAACCAUCAGGAUCAAACCUAUCUAUAAUCAGAGACGUGCUAACUGCAUCGCUGGAUUUGUCAUUUUACGAGCUACAAAAAAUUACUAUAAAACUGCUGCCAAUAUUGAGAAACCGAGAACUGUUUCGGUAUUGCGAAAUUUAUGGUGUUAAUUUCGUGGACCUUUACUUCGUAAUCAAUGGAGAAUCCGGCGACAUUAGUGAAAAAGCAGUUAGAACUCAUCUACUGAAAAAGUUUAUUUUGUGUUGCUUGUUGUCAAUUGGAAGUAAAUCUAAACAGGACACAGAAGAAAAGGAAUCAGAGUAUCGAGUCACACUUGAAAAGAUUUUUGCAACGUACAAAGCGUAUGGCAAUUGUUCAGAUUGUAGAAGGUCAGUGAUUACCCUUGACCAGCUCAAAGAGCUCAACGAAUUGUUGAAAACGGUUUAUUCUUUUCUGGGCCAAUACAGGUCACACCUAAAUGAUGGCGGCAUCCAAACCCACGAAGCCAAAGAUACAGAAGACACUCACCAUCAAGAUUUUCGUACUGCUACAACACUGAACAUGUUGCAAGAGCUCCAAAAGUUAAUGAUCACGAAUUCAAGUGACACCGAUGAGGAAAUUGGCAAAAAACUGCAGAAGAAACUAAGCGAACUUUCGAGGUUAUGGAGUCAAAGCGAGACAUCAAAAAACGGGAGGUCUGGAAGGCCCCGUAAAGAGAGACACUGUAAUGGACUACAAUUAGACGUUGUUCAAUCUCCAACUUUGAGUAAUGAUGAAUACGGCCCUAGUCAUAUUUUCAAUUUUAACAGUUAUCCUUCAUUAUCAUCUGAAAUUAAAUUUAGAAACGUCGAAGAGUCAGGCUCCGAAUCAGAAUACGAGCAAGAAGGAGAUGACACAAUAACUGAGCAAAUAUUCAUUGCAAAUGAGAAUUACGACCAUAAAGACGAUUUUCGAAAGCUCACUGAUGAAGAGCUGAGGAAUAAGUUGAACGAAAGAAUAAUGACUUUGGCCAUGGAAAACAAGAGAGGAAAAGAAAAGUUACGAACGAAGAAAAGUUUUGGCCUGCUGGAUAGAAACCAAGCUCAAAAUAUUCAGGAAAAUUCGAAAGUAGGAGGCCGGCCUUCUUACAGAUCAAAAUUCACGUCGGAAGACAGCAUUCCUGUCCUUUAUGAACUGAAACAGAUUUUAGAGAAGAAUUGA